AUGGGAGAAGCUAGUUGCGUCCUCGAGAUUCAGAAUGGCGACGUGGGCCUCCUAGCCAAGAUGCAAGAGAGGAUCUCCAAAAUUAACCCAUUGUUACGAGGCGAACCCCCCGCCGAUGAAGACUCUUGUAUCUUCAGGCUUCCUCCGAAGUUCAAGGAGAUUCAAGGUUUGUCGUACGUGCCCCAGUUGGUCUCCAUCGGACCCUACUAUCGCGGCAAGCCUGACCUUGAGACAAUGGAGGAGCUCAAGUGGCAGUACCUUGCCUACUUAGUCAACAGUACCAAGAAAGACUUAGAGCACUACUUGGAAAGCAUUCGUCCACUUGAAAAGAAAGCCAGAGACUGCUAUGCCGGAGUCAUCGAUCUCAAUUCCGACGACUUCCUCGAAAUGAUGGUACUUGAUGCGAUACUGGGAACUCGAUACGACGGAGACAUGUCUAGGUUCUACGAGCUCAAAUACUUGCAUUUGCUGGAUUUAGCUCGGUCAAUUUUUAUCCCACCCGAUGAUAAAGAAUUGCUUAUGGAUAUUUGUGAAGGAUUCCCACUAGAAUACCGGUACAGGCCAGUCAAUACUAUCCCCUGCAUCUCGAAGCUCCGCCGUGCAGGGAUCAAGGUCAAGCGACGUAAAAAGGACAGCUUCUUGGUAGUAGAAUUCCUGCGCGGUGAGAUUGAGAUGCCCAAUAUAAUUCUUAAUGAUUUAAUGUGCUCUUUCUUAGUGAACUGUGUGGCAUUCGAACAAUGCCACAACAACAGUUCCAAGCACUUUUCGGUCAACGCCCUUUUUUUGGACUGCCUUGUGAAUACUGCUGACGAUGUUGAGUACCUUUGCGACCACCUAGUCAUUGAAAAUUACAUUGAGACCGACACCAAGGCUGCUAGCUUCAUCAACAAUUUGGGUAAGGGCUUAGCCUUUGAUUGGGAUUACAUCCAGUUCUUCAAUUUGUGUUUCCUUGUCAAUGAGUAUUAUCGGAAUAGGCUCAAUAGGCAGUGGACGAGCUUAAAGCGUGAGUAUUUUGAUAAGCCAUGGUUGUGGAUUUCGGGAUCCUUUGCCCUUGUGAUCUUCUUCCUUUCUUUUUUGCAAACCUACUACACCAUACAUCCUAAACACUAA